ACCGGAAAAGGAAGUGACGUCAGGACUUGCCGAACUCCGGAAUAGAAACGACGUGUUUAGUAGUCACACCGCAGUAGAGAUAGUCAUACAAAAAUAUAAUAUUUAUAUAUUUUUUAAUUCGGUAUUUAAUACCACGACACCGCAGGGGAAACGCGACAAUUAGGUUUAUAAGUGACAUAUUGUAACGAGCGUCACACCGUGAAGAGUCUUAGUUGGCCAUCGACUAAACAGCAGGCUGUGCACAUGUUAGCUCGGCGGUAAACAAACAGAAGCAUUUAAAGUGCUUUAGUAGCGACAAAAUACUUUAUUGUUAUAUUAUUAAUAUUUUAUUAUUGACGUCGUUCCCCUCGGCGGGAGUCCAACAGCAUUAGCCAGGCUAUUUCUGUUGUUGUCGUCGCCAUAUUGUUCCUUCUCGAAGCGUCCACUCGCCAUAAUGAAGGCCAAGCGAGGCAACCAUUCAAAGGGCAGCAGGAAAUCCCAGAAGUGGAAGGACGUGAGGGGCAAACGCUGCAGACCCCCCAUGGAGCCCUCUGACCUCCAGUCCAGUCCCGUCAUGGCCAGCGUGAUCAAGGUGCACCAGGAGACCGCCGGCAAGAAGCCCGCCGUGAAGAGACUGAAGACCAAGGCGAAGCCGGUGGCCGUGAGCAAGUCCUUCGCCAACGGCGCCAUGGAGCUGGAUUCCGACGAGUCUCGGGAGUGGAAGGAGUAUUCCCAGACCGUGCAGGCGAACGGGGUCCGGACGCCGAGCGAGUCCAAGGACGCGCCGACUGGUCGGCUGGACGGGAAUGCCCUCCACCACUGUGCGGCCAGGGAUGACCAGAGGAAGCACGCGGUGCUGGUCAUGCAGCAGGGACAGACGCUGUGUUUCCGCGGCAAGUGCUUUCUGACCUGCCUGUACGGCCGCGUGGAAGUGAUGGGCUUCACCAUCGAAGAGGGCCAGCAGUCUUACCCGCUCUUCUCCCCCGCCUCGCACUCCCCGCUGACCGUCCGGGCCGAGGACGGCUGCCGCGACGCCGAGGACCACCGGAGCGACGCCGACGAAAUACUGAACAAUUACCUUUCGCCCGCAUCUCGGAAGAAGCUGCUUAAGAAAGUGCUUCCCAACUCCUCCAUCAUUUUGCUGGAGCCUAUGGAGACGCCGCUGACGCGCUUCCUCUCCAGCUUCUCCGAUCUCGGAGGACUGUUCAACCCCCCGGUGGCUGAACUCAUGUCGGCCAUCUUGGACACGCCCCUUAACGGUCUGGGCAUGGUUCCUUUGCCCGGCGACAUCGAGGGCCUGAAGGUGUCCCCCAGCUGCCAGGAAUCCCUCAACGCGGUGGUCGGCGCCUGCAGAGGCGAAAUGGACGGCAGUGCUGUCAUCCUGGUGUACGGCGCCAGGAACGUGGGCAAGUCCACGUACAUCCGCUUCCUCAUCAAUACUUUACUCAAUCAUACCUCAGGUGUAGAUUAUUUAGAAGCAGAUCUGGGUCAAACCGAGUUCACUCCUGCUGGUUGCCUUUCUUUGCUGACCGUCAGAGAACCUCUACUAGGCCCCCCCUUCACACACCAGCGUGCCCCUGAUCACAUGGUUUACUACGGCCAGUCCACGUGCGAGUCAGACAUGAUUCUCUACAUGGAGAGCAUCAAGUCCUUGUGGAGGAAACGCUCGCCGACCAAAGAGAUGCCCGUCAUCAUCAACACCAUGGGCUGGGUCAAAGGUUUUGGACUGCAGCUUCUGGUGGACUUGUUGCGCUUCCUCCCGGUGUCGCAUGUCGUCCAGAUUUCUCACGACGGCGUGGGCCAGUGCCCAGACCUCACCCCGGACUUCCUCAGAACGGCCAGCGGCGUGCAGACUCACCCGCCUGCCCAGACGGCGCUGGAGGAGUUCACCGAGAGCCACAGCCCGCCUCAAAGCUACGUCCACCUCAGCGUCAACAACCAGUACCAAGGAGCGGGCGGCCAAACACGAACGAGGCACCAGAGGUCCAAUGAGCUGAGAGACAUGGCACUGCUGGCUUACCUCAGCCAGCUGCAGUCUGCUGAUCCAGGACCUGUUAGACCUCUACACGCUCUCACACCUUACCAGGUGGCGCACACAGCGGUGGCGUUGGGCGUGCUGCACUCCGAGGUGGCGCCCAGCGACAUGUUGUACGCCGCCAACGCCGGCGUGGUGGGCCUGUGCUGCAUGGCGGACAAGGUGACCAGUAAUGGACGUCCCGUCUUGCUGUCCCGUCCUCCCGUCUGUCCCUGUCUGGGUCUGGGCGUGCUGCGAGGCAUCGACAUGGCCAGGGGUCUCUACUUUGUCUUGACCCCGCUGGACCCCGCCCUCCUCCGCAAGGUCAACUGUCUCCUGCUGGGGACCACCACGCUGCCCUCCUACGUGCUGACCACGCAGGAGGGAGUUAAGGGAGACCCUCCCUACGUGACUUCGGACUACAGCUUCGAGCUGACCGGAGCAGGAAAGCUGCGAAUCUUCAAGGGCCUGCAGAGACCGAGUCAAAUGGGGACACACUGACUGACUGACGCUCCGAGUCUCCAUCCUGGUCUCGGCUCUCGGGGAUUGGAUUGUACAGGACUGAGAUUUUUUUUACCUCAGCGACACGGUUGGUUAUUUUGUACAGGCGCCAUUCCCACACUUAACCUCUCGUAAUAAAUGCACAUUAUUUGUUAGCA